AUGGCAGAUUCAGAUUCGAGUGUUUCUGAGAUGGAAGGAUCCAUUAGUAGCGGGGAGAGGGACGAGGAGGAGGACCCGAUAGAAGAGGAUCCCGAGGAGGAGGACCCGAUAAAGGAGGACCCCAAGGAGGAGGACCCGAUAGAGGAGGACCGCGAGGAGGAGGACCCGAUAGAGGAGGAUCCCGAGGAGGAGGACCCAGAGGAGGACCCCGAGGAUCCUAUGGAUGAUGAGGAGCCUAUGGAGUGGGAAUUUGAGGUGGCACCAGAGCCUCUACUUGGUGAGAUCCUAGAAGGAGUUCCUCCUGGUUGGGACCUUGACCUAGAUGAGGAGGAUUGGGCAUGGGAGGAUGAGCCGAUGGUAGAGGAUCCUGCAGAGGACGAUGAGCAGGAGGAGAUCAGCCUCGACGGUAGUGAACCACAGCCGACUGAGGCCUCUGAUACGGAAUCUACUUCUAGCAGCCCUUCCACCUCUUCCUAG